AUGUCCCCCCUGCAGCAUCCCCGGCCAUCUCCUCCGUCCAGCAUCUGUCUUCCGGGUUCCGUUCCCUGAGACGUCGGGACGUACGCAGAAGGAACCGGAGGAAAUUUAAAAAUGUCAAAAAAAUCACAUAGUAUAACAUUACUGUAUCAAACCAUUUCACAUACAUUUUGUCCCGAGUGCUUUGUCCUGUGCCCUGCCUGCAUUUUUACUGUUCUUUCUGCCUGGAAACUGAGAAACGUCCAUGGCAUCCAAAAAGCGUCCCUUUAGGUCAAAAGCGGUUUUAGACCAGCUAGAGAACAGCGAUAGUAAAUUAGAACCACUUGCAGAAUUGA